CGUCGAGUUACAUCUUAAACAACAACAAGUAACUCUUAUCAUAUUGUCGAUAAACAGCAAGAACGAUGUUAAUAGAGCUACAUUGGUUCUAAGUAAAACAAGCAACAAUGCGUGUUCUCUUCGUCGCUGUCGGCAGUCGCGGUGACGCCGAGCCAUUCUGUUCGCUGGCAGCAUCUUUAGCGGAGUCCGCUGAGAUAGACACAAUCGACAUCUUUGUACAAAUGGACCUGAUUCAUCUUGUUCCUAUAAUACCCAAAGUGCGCUUUCAUAAACUUCCGUUUACCCAAAUGGACUUCUAUAAAUACGCAGGAGCCCGUAAACCACCACAAGCCGGAGCGGGUCACGGCAAUCCGCGAGUCAACUUCUUGGGCAUUGUGACCGACAUUAUGGGAGAGCUCGUGUUACCCUGUCUGGCAGACGUUCUAUCGGUCGCAAUGCCAACGCCAGCAACAGCUACAGAAACUGCAACGUCUUGUGUGGAUGCCAUAGUGGCGUCCUCCCUGGCGAGGCAAUUGGCCCUGGAGCUGGCCGGACAGCUACAACUAACAAGAACAAAGCCUCCCGCAGUCUACCUGGUGCAAUUACAACCGUUGGUUCCAACAAAGAACUUCCCCCACUUUAGCCAGCAUGACGAAUGCCUCAAGGCUCUCGUGAACGCAAACAGCAAAGCUGCACCUGACACUACUACGGAUUAUGUGGAGUCGUAUCUGGAAUUGGAACGCUUCCAGUUUGACUUUCUUCUGGUGCAUAUAGACAAAUUACUUUCCAUCGAUGAUAAGGCGCUCGUGGUUUGGGACGGCUACAGGAAGCCAGAACACCCCUUGGAGUUCGCCAAAGACAUGGUUCCGGCCCUAAUGGGAUACGAAACAUCCAACAACAUAGAUAUUUGGAUGGUCAACGCCGUGUCCACACAUCUGAUCGCUGCACCCUCCGAUGCGGGCCCAAAAGUGCUCAACGUGGGGAGCCUGGCAGACAGCUACAUUCCUGCUGGCUUUGAACCACCGGUAGAUCUUGUGACAUUUCUAGACACAAUAAAACAAACAACCGUUGCUGUGCCGACAGAUAAGAGAAAGGCUGCUGACGAUCGACCUGCGUGUUUCGGCUAUGGAUCUAUGCCCUUUGACAAGGCCGAGUUGGUUGUGGAAGCCUUAUACGAAGCCAACUGCCCUGCUAUACUAGUAGGUUCUGCCAUGAUGAGCGUCCUCGACACAAUCCAACUCGACAAAAAUCACGCUAAACUAAGUUUAACUGCAUGGGCCAAGAAUAAUAUUCACUGUGUAGCGGGUAUUCCGUACGCAUGGCUUCUCCCUCGCUGUUCCAUGAUGUUCAGUCAUGGCGGUGCUGGGGUUGUUCACGCCACUCUGCGUGCCGGCAUUCCGUCGGUCAUCUCUCCCUUAAUGGGAGACCAGUUCAUGUUUGCUGAUUAUUUGCAGGCCAAAGGUUGGGGUGUGCGAGCCUCGAGCAGUUUGGGCGGCUUGACAAAGAACGAUGUCUUGCAGAGUAUUGGAAAAGCCCGAGACUGCCAGGAAGCCUGUCGCGUGUUGGGAGAUCGCAUGGCAAAAGGCGAACCUGUUGGAAGCAAUAGUGGGAAGUUCGGUCCUGAUAUUCUGACAGAGGCUAUCGUUUCUAAUGCGGCAAGCUGAUGCAGCUUCCCCUUUUCGAUACGAGCAGUGAACGACGAAAGGAAUCACUAGGCAAUGGUGUGUGAUAGAUAGGUGGCGAGUUAAUACAGUGUAUUCAUGCCAAUUUAGUCGCAGAAGCAUUCAGGAUCAAUUGAUUGUAGAGCAAAUUUGCGAAUGGUUUAUUUGGUAGCUUAAAUGAAUAAUCGUUGUCAAAUGUCCACAGAUGAUAUAUAUAUACGCACACACACAC